AUGAAGCCUGUGCUUCUGACCCUGGUUCUGCUGCUGCUGUGCUCGCAGGUCAUUCCAGGCAGCAUGGAGAGAUGCUGGAACUCUCGUGGGGCCUGCCGUGAGCUGUGCACCAGGAAUGAGAGGGUCUUCAUUUUCUGCCCGAGUGGCAAGCUAUGCUGCGUGAAGCCCAGGAACCAACCACAGCUUGUCACCUGACAUCUGACACCACAAAAGAAAUGAAGCUCAACCCCACCCGCAGACUCUCCCUCAGGGAUUCCUGAGCUUUAUUAAAACCCCUUUGGCUGA